UCUCUCACCUUGGACACAAGACUGUUCCUGCCCGGAUAUGGCUCGUGGACAGCAGAAGAUUCAGUCUCAGCAGAAAAAUGACAAAAAGCAUUCCGGACAAAAGAAGAAACAAGGACAUGACCAAAAGGCUGCUGCCAAAGCUGCCUUAAUCUAUACCUGCACUGUCUGUAGGACACAAAUGCCAGACCCUGAGACCUUCAAGCAGCACUUUGAGAGCAAGCAUCCUAAGACUCCCCUCCCUCCAGAAUUGGCUGCUGUCCAGGCAUAAAGUUAUUUACAGGUG